AAGUAGCUAUGGGAAAUCAAAUGUGUGCUGGGGUUAUAAAUGUCGACGCGGUUCAACAAAUGAAGAGUUAAACAUUUUUCAGGCGGCUAUUUGUGGCUUGGUGUUUUCACACACUAGACACAGACAGAGCAGAAUGGAGACGCUUCUUUUUCUAUUUCCUCAAUUCAACUAUUUGGCCCCGAAGGAGGAAGCAUAUUUCAAAAUGCUUGGUCCAGACGACUUACAGACACCAAAGAUGAAGGACAACUCAAACAGCCAACACAAAGACAAGGAGAGGAAGAGUCGACUAAGCCUUUUUCUCACCAAAUCAGGCUCUCAUGAAAACGUCAGUCCACAUAAAAGCACAAAUACGACUUCCAGCAACAUCUCAGCAGAGGCAGCUUUGAAAUGGAGCGACUCCUUUGAAGAGCUACUGAAGCACUCAGAUGGAGUGCAAACCUUCUCUCGCUUUCUCAGGACGGAGUUCAGUGAAGAGAACAUUGAGUUCUGGCUGGCCUGUGAAGAAUACAAGAGUAUUGAUUCAGAAACUAAGCUGGUGUCCAAAGCAAAAUAUAUUUAUACUAUCUACAUUGAAUCGGAGGCUCCUAAAGAGAUCAACAUCGACUACCCCACCAAAAUGGCCAUCCAGGAGAACAUCACACAGCCCACAAAGAGCCUCUUUGACGUGGCACAGAUAAAAGUGUACAACCUGAUGAAAAAUGACUGUUACCCCAGGUUCCUGAACUCUGACAUUUACCUCCACCUCACCAAAAAGAAAGGGCCCGGAGCCACCAUGUUCCGCAGGAGGUCACGCUCUUGUGUGUUCAACGAGAGGGGCGAGGCCACAACUGAAUAUUCAGCCUGGGAGUAAUAGGACAACAGGCAAUGGAUUGCUGGAUAUCUGUGGGCAUCAUCGAUGGGGGGUUCUGUAAAAAAAUAUUUUUUCAUAUUUUUUAAGACAUGCACUUUAAAAUAUGAAUUCUGUAUCAUGCCGUCGUUGUCAUGCUCGGAGCAGCAGUGGCAGCAGCUGAAAGCAGAGAACAUGUAGAUUUUGAUAUUAAUUUUGAAAGGAAGAGAUUCCAGAAAAUGAUGCACAUCUCAUGACAGAGCAACUUAUUUUCUGUGGAACUCUCUCAAUCAGACAUAUACUGCACUCUGACUCAUAAAUCAUUUGGGUGAGAGCACCCCCCCCCCCCCACCCCACCCCCAGAAUUUUAAAUCUUGAAUUGCACCGAAGCCCCUCAAAGCAAUAUCUCAGGUGAAAUACUGCUAAAAUCCCUUCAAGCAAGCAGGCAACCUUUUUUAUUUUCAACAUUAUAAUUGAAUUAUUUUUUUCUACCAGUCAUACAAAUGCAUCAAAAUCUAACAUUAUUCAUGUUACAUUUUGCAAGUUAUUUAUCUAUAUGUCAUUGAAAUGUUUUGAUUCUCCCCAGUGUUCAAACCCAUCCAGAUGAACUUGUGUUUAAUGCCUGUAACCAUGUAAAGCACUGAAACUUUUUUUUAUUUAAAAAAAAUCCAUUUCCAAAGACAUGAAAAUGAAUAUAUGCAUACAUCCCUUCUGAAUACUAAUGUUUCAUUUAAAUAAUUACAGUGGCUGCAUUUCAGUUUGUAAAUAAUUUAUGGAUACAGAUAAUUAUAUGUAUGGCUUUGCUGUUGUAGAAUAAUGUAAUUUGUGGAAUAAUUAAAAUAAACAUGUUCUCAUAAAGG